GGUGGCGGUAAUGCACCUCUAACGUUGGUUGCCAUCCGCUGUAAAACAAUAUCAAGAAGAAGAAGAAGCGACCGCAGCUGUUCAAGCCACAAGCUGUAUGUGUAUUUGAGAUGUUAGCGGCGCCGUUGAAUAAAUUUGAUUAUUACACCCUCUGAAGGUAAGUGUGCUCAUUAUACGGAUAAUGUGUUUGGUUAAUGCUCAACCCCUUUCUGUGUUACCGAGCUGAGCUAACCUGCUGCUUUUGCUGAGAUACAGACGAGUCGCUCUUAGUUCAUGCUAUUGCCUGAGAACUGAUAGUUGUGUGAAUAAUAAAGCUUUACUUUCCUCCAAAUGACUAAAAAACUGGUCUCUGAUAGUAUUACGGGGACACGAGAUAUUAAACAUCUUUAAGUUUGGACUGCAGGUCAGAUGAUAAAAAUGGAGAUGUCUGUUAGCUUACUUUCAGGUUACAGAGCUCCCAUUUAAUUAAAAAACACGUUCACCUGACGAUGAGAGUCAAUUGUUAAGGAGAACCUGAAAUAAAUCUAUACGUUUCUUUAAGGAUUUAGUGUACCAUGCCCACAGUUCUUCAAUGUGCGUUACUAAUUCCAUCUCCUACUUUGUUCGUUUUCAGCCCCAUUUAUUGCUGAACAAAUAGACAUUAACUACAAACAUGACAGAGUCACGCAACCCAGGAAUAUCCUCUAUCUCCCAGACAGCCCAGGCGCACCCCGAGUCAUGUUCUCCUGCUGUGGAGAUGGAUCCAGUAGAAUACACACUCAGAAAACGCCUUCCCCGAAAACUCCCAAAGAGACGAAAUGAUGUCUAUGUGAACAUGAAGACUGAUUUCCGGGCUCAGCUGGCACGUUGUCAGAAGCUUCUGGAAGGUGGGGGUCACCGAGAGAUCUGCGUUCAUGGCCUGGGUCUAGCCAUCAACAGGGCCAUCAAUAUUGCCCUUCAGCUGCAGGCCAGCAGCCAAGGGGUGCUGCAGCUGGCGGCCAACACCUCCACUGUGGAGCUUGUGGAUGACCUGGAGCCUGAAGAUCCGGAUGAGGCUGCAGAGCCAAUGACACGUACACGCAACAACUCUGCCAUUCACAUUAAGGUUUUUUACCCUGACCCCCAGUAACCUAAAAGGGUUGAUUCCUUCAAAUAUUAGUGGACAAAAUCAAAGUGUGGUCAGCUGGGACUCUUCAAAUGGAGAUCCAUAAUGACUGAACCAGAGGACUUCACACUGACUGUUAAUUCUCAACCUGGAACAACCUAUGUUAACUGAAAACACUGCAUAUCGUGCUUUUAUUAUACUAUAUCAGUUGUAAAUUGUAACCAUCUGUUAGUGUGCAUGUCUUGAAGCAGCAGUAGUGCUGGAUAGUUGAACUAUCAGCACAUUUUUAUUUGUUUAGAUUAAACUGUGCCAAAUGAAAUUAUUUAGGUGUCUUUAAUUUUGAAGCCUGAUUGUUGAAGCGAGUGUCUACAACAGAAGGAUUGCGUGUCAAAACCUUAGAGGAAUAACAAAUUCUCAAAUUUACAAGCUGCUGUUGUUUACGUGAAUGUCCACUAGAUGUCAGUGUUGCACAUCUUUUGAAAUUAAAACAAUUUUGGUGAA